UGCCCCAAACGCUCCUUGGGCUCAGAGACAGAGCAGUGACCAUGGCCACACUGGUGCUGUCUCCUGUGCCCUGCCACUGGCUGAUGUUCCUGCUGCUGCUCCUCUCAGGUGAGCCAGUACCAGCAAUGACAAAGAGUGACCAGCCACCGAUUUUCCAAGGAAGCCCUUGUUCCAAGAUCUGGCAGCACCCGAGGUUUGCAGCCAAAAAGCGGAGCUCCGUGGUGAAGUUUCACUGCCACACAGACUACUCAGGUGUCAUGACCUGGUUCCGGCAGAAAGGGAACCAGAGGCCUCAGGAACUGUUCCCAGAAGACGGACACAUUUCGCAGACCCGGAAUGGCUCUGUCUACACCCUCACUCUCCAAAACAUCCAGUAUGAGGAUAACGGCAUCUACUUCUGCCAGCAGAAGUGCAACAGCACCGAACCUGAUGUUACCGAUGGCUGUGGCACGGAACUUCUAGUCUUAGGAUUCAGCACGUUGGACCAACUGAAGCGGCGGAACACGCUGAAAGAUGGCAUUAUCAUGAUCCAGACCCUCCUCAUCAUCCUCUUCAUCAUCGUUCCCAUCUUCCUACUACUAGACAAGGAUGACAGCAAGGCCGGGAUGGAAGAGGACCACACCUAUGAGGGCUUGAACAUUGACCAGACAGCCACCUAUGAAGACAUAGUGACUCUUCGGACAGGGGAGGUAAAGUGGUCUGUGGGAGAGCACCCAGGCCAGGAGUGAGGGCCACCUUCAUCCUGCUCAACUCUUGGGCCUCACUGUUUCCAAACUGCCUGGCUCACAGUCUGUUCCCUGCUUCCUGGAUACCCUGGCCAGCAUCUGAAGUUGGACCAUCAAUGUCACCUCUCUUUCUUGCCUCUGGUCCCCAGCUCUUGCUGAAGGGCCCGGGGUAGAAGGACAAUAGGGUGGUGGCAUGGAGUAAGGAGUUCUCUGGGGGAUAGACUUGACCCAAGGCUUCUGGAAAUGCUAUGCAGUUUCUGUCCCCAUGUUUGGGACAGGAAAGCAGAGACUUGUUGGAAUCUGCAAAUGGACUCAGCACAUUGGCUUCCUGAGGAGUCCGGGAAGGACCACGGUUCACAGUGGCACCUAGAAGGGAAUGCCAGAAUGCCACUUCUCCCUCUCAUCCCAGGGAUCCCCUAAAGCCUAUAGCCCAUCCUCCUGUGGAAUAAACAGCGUAUCUGACACCAGA